UAUGAGCAUUGAGAAGCACACGCUACAAGUCUUUGGUUGAAGUGAAGCAUUUGUUCAGAAGUGAAAAGCGUGGCGUCGUGUUACUCGUGUCACGGUAUUUUACUUUACUUUUCAAAUUAUUGUGAUCUGUUAAUUUACAGUAUUGGUAAGUAGCAAAUGGCCCAUCAGUAUUUGGACCAAACUUCUGCUAUUUUAAAAGACGAUAAGGGUUACUUCGUUCCAGCUACACAGCGCAAAGACGGCACUUGGCGUAAGGAAAGGCGACUCAAGGAGAAUUAUAUUCCUCAGGACGAAGUAGCACUUUACGAAUCCAAAGGUAAAAAGUUUGCUGCCAAUAAACCUAAAUUACCUCCAGGUGCACCUGUUGAAAUGGUUGCGGUACCUAAACAACAGCAACAAACCAAAAAGGUUCUCACCGAAAAACAACCUAAGCAGGAGAAAAUUAAAAUGCCUGAGGUACAAAAAGAAAAAGAAAAAGUUAAACCAGUAGAGAAAAAACCUGAGUUAGAAUCAGGAACUGACCCUGUUAAGCGGGUGAGAAAUCUUAAGAAGAAGUUGAAAAACAUUGAAGAGUUGGAAAUUAAAGUAGCAGAAGGACAUUCUAUUGAUAAUGACCAACGUAAAAAGAUUUCGACCAAAAAUUUAGUGAAUAAGGAGAUAGCUAAUCUUGAAGCACUUAUUAAAGUUAUGUUUCCUUCGCCUCCUAAACCAACCAAAAAAGAUGGGAAAAAAGAUGCUAAAAAGGAUAACAAAAAAGAUACAUCCAAAAAAGAAACAAAACAAGAGAACAAACCCAACAAAGUUAAUGACAAAAAAUCAUCUUCAGUAUUGACUAAUGGUACCCAGGCUAAGAAAGUUGAGAAAAAAACAAUCCCUCCAGUACAACAAAAUGGUACAGCAGCUACUAAAAAGACUGAAAAGGUUACCAAACCUGAAGUCAAAACAAAAGCUCAACCGAAGACCCAAGCCCAACCUAAAACUCAAUCUCAAUCUAAGACACAAGUUCAACCUAAAACGCAAUCCAAAGCUAAGCCAGCUGCACCCGUUAUUGAGAUUUCCGUUGAAGCAGCUAAAAGAAUUAGGAACCUCAAGAAAAAGUUGAAGACCAUUGAUGAACUAGAACUUAAGGUUGCUCAAGGUGGUAAAAUUGAUAAUGACCAACGUGUAAAGAUUUCUAAAAAGAACGAAGUUUUGGCAGAAAUCCAUGCUCUUGAAAGUGGCAAGUAAAGAGCCUGAAUCUUUUGAGUAUUACAGAGGUUAACAAUUUAUUUUCUGUUGGUAUAUAUUAUAUAUAUAUCUAAUUAUAUUGAUUCUGAUUAAAAAAAUAAUGAGAUUUCUGUUUGUUUUGAAAAAGUAUUUUUUUUAAGUUGUGUUCAAACUAUUUCAGUUUUUCUUCUUAAUUAAUAUAAUUGACAAAAAUCAAUUAAAUAAUAACCAAGUUUCAUAAAA